AUGGACAUCGCCAACCAGACCUUCUAUCAGGAACGACUCAAUAAUCCGAAAAACAAGAAUGCGCUUUUCGCCGCAAUGAAGGCCCAGGGAAGACAGUGCAACGCCGCCAGCGUCCUCACCAGCAAGACGACCCGAGGCAACAUCGGCCAUUUCCUCGUCUGCCCCAACCGCGCAUGCGUAGCGAUUACGAGCGCGCGAUAUGGUUUGAUUGUCAUCGGAUUCGCCGAUGCUGAU